CGCACGUUAAUCAUCCCAGCCGCUUUACACUGAGUCAGAUAUUUGUUCAAUUCUUUCUUGUGAGCUGGAAAACAGCCAUGGCGCCCCACGACAAGAAAAGGCUUUUACAAGGCCUCAAGAAGGGACUAGAAGCAACAAACGAUUUUCUCGAUAGAUGCGGACGAAUUGCAAACAUGGAGACCUACCGAACGAACGAUCCCAGCUCGACGACACGUGCAGACGCCAACCACCUGAGAGAGCUCGACGAGGGUCUCGAGGCCGAAGAGUCGACACUACUCAGCAUCUUCAAUCAGCUUGACUACGCUCUGUUGCGCAUCACACAGCAGAGGCAACUCAAUCGUGCCCUUCUAGCACCUGUACGCCGCCUCCCGCGCGAGAUCCUCUCGGAGAUCUUCCUCUUCGCCGCUACUUUCUCCAGCCGUAUUGACUCGCCCAGUGUCUUUCCAGUACAUCGAAAAUAUCCCUUUGCGGCCGUUUGUCGCAUGUGGAGAUCGGUCGCUCUGAGCACACCCGAUCUAUGGACCGAUAUACGACUGACGCGAAACGAGAAGCCGGGCUCUCUCAAGCUACUUGAGCGCGACCUGAGACUUACAAAGGCACGCCCUCUACACGUACAGCUCGUUCAAGGCGCUGGGGAGUACUGGGAUGCGACCCCAAGGGCGUGCUACGACCUCGUCUUGGCGCAGCAACAUCGCUGGCGGUCCCUCCGUCUCGAGAAGCCCAGAGAGGCCGUGCCGCCAAGGGCAAGUGCCCCAGCAAACAUGGAACUUCUAUCACUUGAGAUGCUACGCGCUGAGAUAGACAUGAUGGACAUCUACCUUGUCGAGCAGAGCAUCCAUGAUACCGGCACCGUACAGCUGUUCCGCACCUUGGGCGUCGCCCCUCGCCUGCGUUCCGUUGAGCUAAGCUUCAGCGGCCACCUCCCCCACGAGAUUGGGCUGCUGCUUCCAGACAGCUGGAGGCUCAGCCACCUGGCGCUUGCGUUCCACCUCGUGAUUGGCGACGAGGACCCCUGCAUACUCUUCCUCCCCUUGGUCCAGCAGGCCGCACCGACGCUGGAAGAACUGCGCCUGGUCGUCGACUACGCCGUCCCAGUCGAGGAGCAGGGCCUCUUCGAUCUCCCCGAUGACCUCGUACCGUCCGAGGCACCCAACCUCAGACGCAUCGCCGCCACCGGGCCGGCGUGCACACUCCUGGGCGCCAUCAACGCGCCGCGCCUCAGCAGCCUCCGCCUCGAGCGCAUCGUCGACAUGCCCAUCGUGGGCGACGAGUGGAUGGACGCGCACCUGACGACGCUGGUCCGCGGCGCCGCGCCCGCGUCAUCUCUCGAGCUCGUCGACAUCGCGUGGACGGCGGACUCGCUGCUCGCCACGCUUCGCACGCUGCCCAACAUCGCAUCCCUGCGCAUCGAAGAGACCACGGCCGAGCUCGCCGGGGCUUGUAUCACGGAGGCGCUGCUCGCGGGCCUCACCCGCGGGGGCGUCGCCGUCGACGGCGCGCUGACGCCGCCGAACCCCCUCUGCCCACUCCCGAACCUCCGCACUCUGCACCUUGGGCCGUGCCAGCGCCCGCCUGAGGACGAGGUCUCGCUGACUGCGGCCAUGCGCAGGAUGGAGGUGGCGCGCGGGUUAGGAGGGAGCGCCGAUGGCGUGGACUUCCUCCCGCUGGAGGAAUUUACUUAUGAAUACCAUUGUCCCACCUUCGAUACGCCUCCAUCACGACGAAUAGCGCUCUGAACAAGUAAAUCCCACGCAAGGAUGUCGUUGUAACAACACCGGAGUCAGGACUUCCGC